GGAUGUAGUUCUCCCGCAGGAGUCUCAGCUGCCGGCGCCUUGCUCUUCCUGCCGGUGCCCUUGCGGCCCAGGGAAAAGGAAAGGCCGCUCUGCUGCUUGGGAGGACCCGCCUCCUCCUCUGAUUGAAGCAUGUCGCUGGUCGCGGAAGCCUUCGUGACCCAGAUCGCGGCAGCAGAACCUUGGCCUGAGAAUGCUGCCUUAUAUCAGCCCUUGAGAGAUGAACAAAUUUUGCUUUCUGAUAAUGCUGCCUGUCUUGCUGUUCAGGCCUUUUUACAAAUGUGCAAUCUGCCAUUCCAGGUGGUUUCUAGGCCAAAUGCAGAAUACAUGUCCCCAUCUGGAAAAGUGCCCUUUAUUCAUGUGGGAAAUCAAGUAGUUUCCGAACUUGGCCCCAUUGUCCAGUUUGUAAAAGCCAAGGGCCAUUCACUUAGUGAUGGGUUGGAUGAAGUCCAAAAAGCUGAGAUGAAAGCCUACAUGGAGUUAGUCAAUAAUAUGCUUUUGACAGCAGAGCUCUAUCUCCAGUGGUGUGACGAUACUACAGUCCAGGAGAUUACUUACCCAAGAUACGGAUGCCCUUAUCCCUGGCCCCUGAACCAUGUCUUGGCCUAUCAGAAGCAAUGGGAAAUCCGUCGUAAAAUGAAAGCCCUUGGCUGGGGCAACAAAUCAGUUGAUCAGGUGCUAGAAGAUGUCGAUCAGUGCUGCCAAGCCCUUUCUCAAAGACUUGGGACACAGCUGUAUUUCUUCAACAAGAGGCCAACCGAAUUAGACGCCUUGGUAUUUGGCCAUAUCUUCACAAUCCUUACUACCCAGCUGAUCAGUGAUGAACUAUCUGAAAAAGUGAAAAACUACAGCAAUCUCAUUGCAUUUUGCAGAAGAAUAGAGCAACACUACUUUGAGGGCCUUAAUAGAGAUGGCUCGGCAAGGCUCCCGCCUCCAAUACGAAGGAAGAUACUGAGGAGUUGAAUGCUUUGUGGCAGCAGAAGUUAUGAAAUUGAUGUUUUUGGUUUUUGUAUUGCCUAGAAGAUAUUAGCUGUGGCUUUGACAACUGAGCUUGAUGUACACUUUGUUUCAGACUACCACACUGUUCUAACCCAGGAGAAUCUGUGCUGAAUUCACACUCUAUUUAAAAUGAUAAUAUUGGGGUUUUCAUUGUCAUAGUCUGCAUGGUAUUCUAAUAUUACUUUUUAAGUGUCCUUGAAGCAGUACUAUUUCAGAUUAUAGCAACAAUAAAACUUAAUGUCUUCUACUUGGA